CUGCUCGGAGCAGUACAGAGUCCCCAAAUCCAAACUGACCCACCUCUCUACGGUACUGAGAACAGGACCAUUACUCUUUCCUCCCACUGCGUAGAUGCAGCCAUCCAACACGGAGACACAAAGCGAGCCUCGACCUGUACCCAUAGGUGCCACAGAGGUCCACUCAUUUCGCCGAACGUCAUAGCAUUCAACAAUGUUCAGACCUUGAUGAUGAUAACCGUCAAAGCCGCCCACUGCAUAAAGAUGGUCGUCAAGAGCAGCCACACCGAGCAAGUGUCGACUAGCACGACAGGGAGCGACGUCUGAUAUCCAUUGGUCCGUAGCUGGAUUAUAUCUCUCAAUGCUGUUCAAACAUUUUCCCUUUCCACGGCCACCCACAGAGUAAAUUAA